AUGGCUUCUAUUGAAAGUGUACCACCCGAAAUUCUUGCCGAGAUCCCAUUGAUCCUGCACGAUGCUGGAGAACAAGAAGAGUACGAAAUAGACAGAUUGACAUGGCGGAAGGACUUGAUGUCACUACGUGCUGUAAACCGCAUGUUUCGCGACUUGGUAAACCCUCUACUCUUUGGACGCGCCAUCAUCUUCUCAGGCCGUCCAGUAAAGCUCCCCCAGAACCCAUUUGUUCGACCCAUGCCCUGCCAUACAUACAUGUUUAGAGAAAUUGGUAUAUCGCGACUGCAAGGGUUAGCAUCGGACCCUUCCAUCUCCAAGCUGGUCCGCCGGCUAGAAUUCGACGGCAUUCCUCACCUUGAGCUUUUAGACUACUUGGAAAACACUGGAGCCCAACUCGGAACAUUCCGUGAGGAAGACCGUCGGUUUCUUGCACGCAUCUCGAUACUCAUUCAUCGUCUAUUACCGAGAUUUUCCAACCUCACCGCUCUAAAGCUCGAUUUAGGGUACACUUAUGAGAAACCCUCUCGCCUUGACGGGCGUUACAAUUUCGAUAGCAAUGGCACGUCACAUUGGAUUCAGGAUAUGGCGGACCUCUUCCAAGCAUUUUCUUUGGCAAUCAUCAGAUCUGGGCUUAACAAGCUGGAAGAACUGGAUCUCUCGUUGGCUGUUGCACAAGAUUUCGGACACUUUCUCAAUAAUGAAAACGAAGCUGAAAGUUCCGCAACGAAGGAAUUCUUUCAACAACUCAAGCGUCUUAGAGUUCAUGUUGCCUGGCACAAUGAGACUCGACUGACCCUAUCCCGCACCUCAGAGAGACCGUUCCCUGAAACCGAAUGGAAUCAAGUUCACGCCGAAAAUGUCCAAAAAUUACUAUCUCUGGCGUCAAAUGUUGAAUCUCUCAAGGUUGGGAGCAUAUCUUAUUUGAGCCUUGGCGCGUCUUCUCUUCCUCAUUCCAAUCUUCGUUCUCUCCAACUUCACCGCGUACGCGUAGCAGGGGAAGCACUCGCCUCACUUAUCAACAGAUGUCAAUCUCUCGAACGGCUUGAUUUCUUUGAACCCUGUAUUGAGUCUGGUACAUGGGAAGAUAUCUUUACAGCCCUGACGAGGACAUCGAUUAUAGACAUUGACUUUAUGUAUUGCCUCUACUGGGAUGUAUACUCGCAAAACCGUCGCUGCAUAUACCACCCAGUAUUUGUCCGGACUGAUCGAAUCGAGGAUGUCAAAGCCUGCGAGUUAAUGUAUACACAACUACAUGAGAACUUGUGUAGGAUAUACGGGAUCAACUAUGCCGAGCAUCGUCUCGGAAGGGACCGGCCCGCUGAUCACGCAGCAGAACUUCGGAAACUCUUGGAACACGGUCACACCGACACGGAGAUUAGUACAAGUUUGUCGACGACUAAUUUUGACGACGAAUAUGACGACGAUUUUUUCUUUUGA